AUGCUUCGCCCUGGAAUUGCGGCUUCGCUGCGCAGCGUCACUCGGGGGGCCACGCCGUUCCAACCGAGGCUGCUCGCUCCGGCGUCGAUACGAUUGGCUCUGGGCGCCGACUGCGCAUUCCAACGCCGCACUCUCGCUGCCUCUAGCUUGGCACAGCUUCCGCGCCUACCUCUGGCGUCGAUUCGACCGCGGACAGUCAUCCAGAGGCAAGCCGCCAGCCAGCCGUAUUCCGACGAGGAAAGACCUCUCCCGCAGCCGCCCGAAGACGUAUCGGCACCAUCGAUCUCGCGCUCCUUGCUCUUCCUCUUCGGCUUCUCAUCGCUGGCGUUCGGUGGAGCAGCGCUCUACUCGCUGCGCGACACGCAGCAUGUGGCGGACGAGCUGCGUGGAGCCCGCGAUGUAUUCGGAAGCAUCUCGUCGUACCUCACCGGCGACGAAGGCUCGAGCGUAUGGGGACGCGGCGUGACCGAAAAGCGGCUGCAGAUGGUCAAGAAGCACGAAACGGCCGAACGCCUCGGCAUUCGCAUGCAGUGGCUCAUGGGAUGGUGCGAGCAACUUCACCUUCCGUCCAGCGUCACGGAAACCAUCGGAAGAGCGUACAUCAUUUGUGCGGAGGCGUACCUGGAUCUGGCGCCGUCCAAGCAGGUGGUGCUGCCCAUCGUUGCGCUCAACACGGCCGUGUUCGUAGCAUGGACCGUGGCAGCCAAGCGAGGUGGAGGAUGGAUGAUGCGCAACUUCUUACACCGGCCCAGCAGCAACCGCAUGCGUACGCUGCUCACCUCCGUGUUCAGCCACCAGACGCUGGUGCACUUUGGACUCAACAACAUGGCGCUCUGGAGUUUCGGCGGUGCGGCUCUGUAUGCGGCGAGCCAGCAGCACAAGCGCGUGCCCGAAGCAUCGCCCACGCCGCACUUUUUGGCCUUCUUUGCCACAGCAGGCGUAUUUGCCGCCACAGUAUCGCACAUCGUUACGGCGAUCCGCUUUCGUCGCCUAGCCGCCUUGCGCGGCCCGGACGUGGCGAAAAGCACGGUGGGCAGACAGGCGAGCUUAGGAUCGAGCGGUGCAGUGUAUGCGGCACUGGUCAUGUCCGCCUGCGCCUUUCCCGAUGCCAAGUUGGGCAUCAUACUGCUGCCUUUCGUCACUUUCCCCAUCGGCGUCGGCGUGGCAGGGCUCGUGGCGAUGGAUGCGGCGGGCAUCGUGCUCAGGUGGAGACUGUUUGACCACUGGGCCCACUUGGCUGGUGCGGCGUUCGGAUACGCCUACUUUCACGUGGGCGCCAAAGCGUGGGAGGAUCUCAAGCUGACGCUGUUAGCCCAGAUGCGUGCACACCAAUAG